CAUUCCGUUCCUGCAACACUUUUGACAGAUAGUAAGAUUCCUGUUCCAUACUAAGUUGAACUGUUUAUUUACCUCUAUAGCACUAGCCUUUUGCUGACUCCUCUAUGCACCAAUUUAUUGCUUGCGCAAGAUGAUAUAGUGUCGACCUGGAUAUGCUUUGCCUUUAAGCUUAGAAGGGAGGCGAGACUGCAGUCAUAGCUUUAUGGAGACGCGCUGGCACCAAUAGCCUCGGCAGGAACAAUGGCAGAAGUGUUCAGCACAGUUAUAGCUUCAGAGCAGCAUCCACAAUGGCUUGCUAGCCAGUACGUUUGGGACCCUUCACAGCUGCAAGCCUUGCCUCUUUCAUGCAGUCAGGCUAAUGGUUCUGAAGGUUCUCCCUCUGAACCUGGCUCUGAAGGCCAUACCAGCAGCACAGGCGGCCAGCGCCAGCAGAGCCUAGGCCCUAUUCCUGUUGGAUGGCAAGGUUCGUCAGGCAGUCCGGCGGGCGGAAGCGGAGGUGUCGCUCUUGACGCAAGGGAAACGAAGAGCGCCCACUUCAGACCUGUCAAGGGGCCGCUCGUUUGCCAGGUCGAGGGUUGCGGACACGACCUUUCAGUUGAUAAGGGAUACUAUCAACGCUACCGUGUGUGCGAGCCGCACGUGAAGGUGCUCAGCAUUAUGAUAAACGACAGGGCCUGCCGGUUCUGCCAACAGUGCGGCCGUUUCCACGAGCUUUCCGAGUUUGACGGCAACAAGAGGAGUUGCCGGGCGCGCCUCCUGCAGCACAACGCACGACGCAGGAAAAGGGACCCCUUUGACACGGCCGGCAAGGAACAGACGCGCAAGGGCAGGCCGCCGCAGCAGUGGCCGGAGAACAGCAACGACGCAGAGACGUCGAGUAGAGACGUCAGGAAGGGCGCCAUGCCUGUAGAGAAGGUGGUGGCGGAUAGCCGCAUGGACCCAUGCUUUCUAGGCUCUGGCACUGGCGCCGGCGACUGCAUCAUGCCGACGAGCAAUGGGUCGGCUUCCGCAUGGUCGCCUAGGAUGCAGCCGAGCAUGGUUGGCUUGCUGGAGAGCUCCUUUGUCAGCAGCCAGGACGCGCCCAUGCUCCUGCAACCUUCCAUACAGAUGUUGCCACCGCAGCAACAACAGCAACUGCCGGCGCUCUUUGAUCCGACGCCCUGCCUUGUGGGUGGCUCGGACCUGGCAGGCUCAUUGGACGACGUCCUAGACGACCUGUUCAACGGAAAAGGGGAGAAUUUGGUCCUGCCGGCAGCACCCAGUUCGCGAGACAGCUCGUCAGGGCCAAGCUUGACCUCUGGUCUCGGCUUGGGGCCGGGCUUGCGUGCUACGAACAACAUGCCUGGUGGUGGUUUUCUGUCGGUUGACGCGCAGGCGCUCCGGCCAGGCGGAGCGAGUAGCAACUUCGGGCCCAAUUCCGCUCUGCUCCUUGGCUCUUGCAAUGGCGCCUCUCUCACGGCUGCGGCAGGCGGCUGGGGUUCGGCGGUCGUGAGCGCUGAGACGGGGGGUAACAGCACCGACAUGUCUGCUGCGCUGGAGAGGCGCAACAUGGAACAGCUUCAGUUACAGCAGCAGCAACAACUCGUGCAGCAUGAGCAACUUAUGUUAAAACAACAACAGCUGCUACAGCAGCAACAACAGCAGCAAAUGCAGCAGCAGCAGCAACUGUUGCUGCAGCAGCAGCAGUUACGGCAGCAACAGCUUAUGCAGCACCCGCAGCCUUUCGCCGCCGGCGGUGUCCUCGGUCCCGCCGUCAUGAACGGCUCCCAAGGCAGGCUGCCCCAGGCUGAGCCGUUCGUCAACAGCAACUCCUCGACUACGAGCGCUUACGCUGGGGCGGGGUCGUGCAUUAGCGGCAGUAUGGCAGGACCGUGUAGCGCUGCCAGCGCCUGGACCUCCUCUGUCCUGUCCACAGGAAGCGGCCUGGGCAACGUCAGCGGCGGUCUGCACCACAUGGGCGGCUCACCUCUGAGCGGCCCCGCCAGCCUAGGUCAGGGAAUGGGGGUCGGCUCCGUCGGCGCUGCGCCCGGCAUGUCGAGCUUCGAACUGGCGCGUCGGCUGGUAGCUAGUGGUGGAGCUGCCGCGCAGUACAAGAGUGAAGACUUGAUGGUUCGCGUCAGCAUCAAGAUUGCCAACUGCACGCCCGACCAGCUGCCGCCGGACUUGUACCAACGGCUGCGGAACCUCCUCAACACUGCGGAUGCUUCGCUGGUCCAGGGCUUCCUUCGCCCUGGCUGCACUCAUCUGGUGCUAGACGUGCUCGUGAGCGGCUCUGGCGGCGUGAGUUCCCCGGAUGAGGGAGAGGCUGUUGCGGACGGUAUUGCUGCUCUGGGGCUUUCCGCGAAGGAUUUCCGCGGUGGCCUUGGCGCUUUGGCGGCGCGGAGCGCCAUGCUGGUGCAAACGGAGGGCGAGGUGGCCAGCUGGCCGGCUGGCAUGCAGCCCGCGGACAAGCCGCGGGAGCUGUCGGCCGUUGCUGACCUCCAGGCAGCCGGCCAGCUGCCGGUCAUUGCGCACGUCACCGCAGCUGCACACCUGGGCGCAGGGAACCGUGCGACACUGGCGGUGUUUGGGACUGGGCUCGCCGGCGCUGGCGUCGAGCUGUUUGCGCGCAUGCAGGGCGGCUACCUGCCGGUGAAGGUUCAGCCGCUCCUGGUGUUGGGCAAGGUAACGGCCUCAGCGAGUGCGAACCCGCAGCUAGCCAAGGCGGCAGAAGCAGCUUUCGGCUACGCCUCAGUGCUGCGCAGCGCGGGUCGCCAAGUCGAGGACGUGGCGUUGGUAACUGUGGAGGAAGCGCCCGGGACGGGACUGCUGCUGGUCGAAGCGCAAUCGGGUCCGCUCCUGAGCAACUGGCGGCCAUGCCUGCUUUCUACGGAUGCCGACGUUGCCGCGGAGCUGUCCGCAUGGGGCUGUACGGCGCUGCGGUCGGGCGCCGCCGCACUGGCGUCGUUAGAGGCGUUUGUGACGGACUUGGGCCGUGUGCUCGACAGGCGUAGUUACUGUGAGGUUGCAGGCUUUGACGAGGAUGCCCCAGUAUUCGCGGAUGCAAGUUCGGACCAGGAGGCGACGUUUGAGCUGGUCUGCAUGUGCGAGAGGCUGCUAGCAUGGGCGGCCGAUGCAGGGCUUGCGCGCGUCAGUAGCUUCCUCGUGGCAGCGCUGCGACAGUACGGACAAGACGUACAAGCAAUACUCGAGGCACCGUACGCUGACGGGCUCACCAUCGUGCACCGCUGCAUUCGGUCCCGCAAUGCGGCCGCUGUGGUUGCCAUGAUGGGGUGGGCAGCGGGUAGCGGCAUUCGGCUUAGCUGGGACGCGCAUGGCGCCUUGGGGCUCAGCCCGCUGCAUCUGGCUGCGCUGGUCCCUGCAACUUGGAGGAUUCUGGCUGCCAGUGCUGGUGCGCGUGGGUGCUGGGAGUCGGUCAAGGCGCAUGCGGAUGGAGGCACCCCGAAGCAGCUGCAGACGCUGCUGCUCGCGGGUUUGCCGCCGGGGGCAGUGCCUCGGGACCUGGCUGAGGUUUUCACGCGACGGGUGUCCCCGGCGCCACAGCAGCAGCAACCGCACCAGCCUAGCGCUGUGGAUGGCUUGCCAUCAGCAGCAGCAACCUCCACGGAAGCUGACGUGACGCCUCAGAAGGCAGCUGGGGAAGAGAAGCCUGUCGCUCCACAGGUCGUGGCGGCAGCACAUGUGCCGGCUCCUGCUUCUGCAGAGGCGCCAUGCCGGGUGGGUGACGCCAUCCCUCAUGUCGACGCCAUGGCAACCGUCAGCGUCGUCGCCCAGAACGUCAUUACCAAGAGCGGCAAGGUCAGCGGUUACGUCCAACAGCCCUUCCUACUGCGAGCCCUACACACGUUCUUCGCUAUGCUCUUUGCCUUCGUCGCGGUGCUCUUUGCCGCCAAGCGCUCGCUGCCUAGCGAUUCAGAUGACGGAGACCUAGCGGUGCAAGGCCGCUACGCCUACACCUUGCGCCUGGCGCCCGUGUCGGACUUUGUGAGGCAGGGCCUGGCCCGGAGCUCCUCCUCCCUGCUGGGAGUCGCCCUGCUGGGCCUGGCUGUGUUUGUGUUGCCUGUCAAGUCGGCUGCAAUGAUGCUGUCGCAGCUACAUCCGGCGUCCACCUGCAUGGGUGCGCCAUAAUGCAUGAAUUUCUAGUGUGGGCUUUCUAGCGUAUUUCGUAAGACGUGCUUGCAGUUCCGCAUGCAUUUGUGUUUGCGGAUGACAUUUCCUUUUGGGUCGGCUUGGUCCGUAAGAAUAAAGAUCAAUGUGCAGAGCUGAGCGGGGCCUUUGUGCCUAGCCUUGUGCUUAGCUUUAAAUGAAAGAUGCAAGCAGCGGGCACUCCUGGCAGAUACGAACGAUGGGGAAUAGCUAUACCUUUAUUUAGCUGGCGGUUGUUAAGUUCUCGUGGGCGGCGCGUGCAUUUGGAAACUAAUCGAGUAUCUGGCUACGCGCCACAUGCGUGGUGCUAAUAUAAGUCCUACGGAGCUUGUCUAAUGCUGAUGACAUUAGCGUCGUACUGUGAGAGCAUGGACGCCACUACGCGGUUGGUGGGACGAAGGUCGCAAAGACCUAUUGUCGCAGACACCGCAAGUAGUCAUUGUUGUGCAUGGCGCACUUUUCUUAGAAUGGCCGUCGGCUCUUAGGCGGCCAAUCCGUGAGUUCUGUGAUCAUAAACCUGUUUCAUCAAUAAAGUGAGUGGCGGUUCACUGGCUCGGCUCGGAUACUGGCAUGGAGAGCGGUGUGCAUUUUGCUUGACUUGCGAAAGCUGGUGUACUCGUUGAUAAGUACGCUAGCUAGUGCUGCUUGUGUGGCAUGGGGCGGGCGGCCUUGCAAGGGGGCGUACCACUUUUUUGGCCCGCAGGUCCAAGAAUGUUCUAAGAUGGCGGUUUCAUGGGUCCUAUUGGAGAUAUGUGGUAUAUCGAGGAUGUAUUAAAUUUUAAUUGUAAUGACGCGGCAGCACAGCUGAGAGGGGCCGUUUCUAAGCUCGGCCUAGUGAAGGGUGCUGUGAGGCGGAGUGACACAAAUGGACAGGCGCGCGUUAACAUGCGAUAUGCUUGUUCAUUCCCAUGUUGCUCCCCAGUCAUCAGCCCCUUCCAAUGACGCUUGUAUUGCUGCGGCAGGCAUACGCACGUUUGGGUAGUCGCCCGUACGCUUUGUCUUCCAAGGAGGUGCUUAUUGCGAAUUGGUGCGGGCACUGCUAUGUGGGACGAUGGAGUGGUGUUGUACGGCGGUGUUAUAGCUUGAACAGCAAAAUGAGGAGUCGAAGUGCAGCCCCAUGGCUGCUCCUGAACAUGCGCAUGGUUGGACGCGAGCCGGAUGCAUUCAUCACUUCAUGCGGUGGUUUGGUAAUGUCGAGUGUAAGAGUUGUGGUGGUUGCCUGCUUGCGUGCCUCCCUGUCAUGGCCUCCUCUUUCCGCAUUUUUAGGGGGCACUCGACUAGAGGUGCGACAAACAGCAACCGAACUCUCAUGGCUAUGCCUUUUAUGGCAUGGCAUGGCGGUGGAUACUGGCGGUCCUAAGUGGAUGUCCUAGCGUAUGCUCUGGCAGUCCUCCUGUCUGUACGGUACCAGGAUUGCCUGGUGUCCUGGGCGCUCCUGGAACUCCCCUCGCAAGGAAAAGCAGGAGGCGUUGGCCGUUGAUAAAGAAGGCCAGACUAGGCACACCCGUUUGAGGAGACGAACGGCACUACCGGGUACAGUGGAGGAGGAAUGACACUAGUAGAAAAAUGAUGGGUGAAAACGGUAGUCGGCACAUACCGGUAGCUCGCUAGGAGGCAUGUGUGGCAUGUUAGUAGAGAGUGCCAAGGAGG